AUGGCUCAACCUUCCGAUCCAUCGUACCUCCUGGCGGACUUCCCAUCUACAGACAAUCCUCCCGACACUCAAGAUAAGAAAGACGCGACGGCUACAGAUCUAAGCGUCAACAGUGCAGAUGCGCCUCGACCAAAAUUGCAAAAUGGAGAGCGGGGUUUUAAACGAAAAUUCAUGCCCGGCAGGCUUUUCGCCGACUGCGCAGCGAUACUUGUACCUAUCGCUCUUGUGGCAUUUGCUAUUGCUAUAAUGCGUCUCGACAACAAGGAGACAGACCAACAAGACGAGCAGUUCUCCACGACCGCCAUCGUCAGUGACGUUUCUACGGUGACCUCCGAGGAAGAAAGCAGCACUACCGCUGUUGGCGAAGAGUCCACUACCACCGCGGCUCCUGACGUGUCCACUACCGCUGUCCUGGUGGAAGAGUCAACAUCUACAACGGUUGCUGAAACCACUACCACUGCAGCGGCCGAGGAGUCGACCACUACUACGGCUGGUGAGACUACCACCACUGCAUCGGGUCCGCAAGCCUCCCUCUUCGCCCGGCUCGACGAUGGUAGUGAAGUCGAAGCUCCCGGAACUCAACCAGAGUUCGCUCUCGAGGCAGAUACCUCGCGACUUUACGCCACAUCCUCCGAUGGUUCCAAAGUCUAUGCCUACACCGUCAUACCUGUCGGUGGUAAUUACGGCUUCCUAAUCGAAUAG